GACAAGGCGCGAGACGCUUGCACAACGGAUGGUGAAGCAACACUGGAAUCUUCGCGUGCACUGGUAGAGAAUACCUUCUGCUGUGCUUUUUAAACGUGGUUCGAGACGAAGAUCCAGCAUCGUGCCAACAGAGGGACAGGGUGGACUUUCGCUCGUUUACCAAUCCAGCAGUGGCCAUGCCAUUCGGCUGUUUACAUCUCGGGGAGAAGAAGGACUUCCACAGCCCUGCGGAGGUGACUGACAAGUAUGACCUGGGCCAGAUCGUCAAAUCGGAGGAGUUCUGUGAGAUCUUCAGGGCCAAAGACAAGAGCACGCUGAAGAUGUACACCAGCAAGAGGUUCCUGAAGAAGGAUGGGAGGAAAGUGCGGAAAGCUGCAAAGAAUGAAAUCUUCAUCCUACAGAUGGUGAAGCACCCCAACAUUCUCCAGCUGGUGGACGUCUAUGAAACCAGAAAAGAGUACUUCCUCUUCCUGGAGCUGGCCACAGGUAGAGAGGUGUUUGACUGGAUCCUGGAUCAGGGAUAUUACUCCGAGCGGGACACCAGCAACGUGAUCCGGCAAGUGAUGGAGGCCCUCGCAUACCUGCACUCUCUCAACAUCGUCCACAGGAACCUCAAGCUGGAGAACCUGGUCUACUUCAACCGCCUUAAACAUUCUAAAAUUGUCAUCAGUGACUUCCACCUGGCCAAGCUCGAGAACGGCCUCAUCAAGGAACCGUGCGGAACUCCUGAGUACCUGGCCCCGGAGGUGGUCGGGAGGCAGCGAUACGGUCGCCCUGUGGACUGCUGGGCCGUGGGAGUGAUCAUGUACAUCCUGUUGUCUGGCAAUCCACCCUUCUACGACGAAAGCGAUGAUGAUGAUUAUGAAAACCAUGACAAGAACUUGUUCCGGAAGAUUCUGGCGGGGGACUACGAGUUUGAUUCUCCUUACUGGGACGACAUCUCCGACUCAGCUAAGAAUCUGGUAGUUCGUCUGAUGGAGGUGGACCAGGACCUCAGGAUCACAGCGCAAGAAGCCGUAAACCAUGAAUGGAUCUCUGGAAAUGCUGCCUCCGAUAAGAACAUCAAGGAUGGUGUGUGUGCUCAGAUAGAGAAGAAUUUCGCCAAAGCUAAGUGGAAGAAAGCAGUUCGGGUCACAACCAUCAUGAAGAGGCUGAGAGUUCCAGAGCAGAGUAAUGUAACAGGAACCACAGCAGCAGGAGCCACAGCAGCAGCAGGAACCACAGCAGCAGGAACCACAGCAGCAGGAGAGCCACAGCAGCAGGAGCCACAGCAGCAGGAACCACAGCAGCAGCAGGAACCACAGCAGCAGGAGCCACAGCAGCAGGAGCAUCCGCAACAACAGGAGCCACAGCAGCAGCAGGAACCACAGCAGCAGGAGCCACAGCAGCAGGAGCAUCCGCAACAACAGGAGCCACAGCAGCAGGAGCCACAGCAGCAGGAACAUCCGCAACAACAGGAGCCACAGCAGCAGCAGGAACCACAGCAGCAGGAACCACAGCAACAGGAGCCACAGCAGCAGCAGGAACCACAGCAGCAGCAAGAACCACAGCAGCAGGAGCCACAGCAACAGGAACCACAGCAGCAGGAGGAACUGGAGGAGCAGCUGGACCAGAAGAAGCAGCAGGGACAGGACCAGGGGAAGCAGCAGGGACAGGAGCAGGAGAAGGAGCACUCAGCCAAGCCCCUGCUGCCCAGCACAGCCCCCUUCCUGAGAUGGAGGCCUCAGGUACCUCCAGCAGUCCAACUGUUCCAGAGGAGUGUAUUACUGCCCCGCCUCUGGUGGCAGGAGAAGAGGUGGGGUUAG